AUGGCUUCUACUUCAGGCAGUGUUGGAAGAGAAGUAACUGGUGAAACAGGUUCGCCUCUUGCUAAGACUUCUCUACCGCCGCCUCGUCCGAAGUCUCCACCGGAGUAUCCAGAUUUGUACGGGAAACGCAGAGAAGCGGCCAGAGUUCAGAUGCUAGAGAGAGAGAUUGGUUUUCUCGAGGCAAAAAUUAAAUUUGUGGAAGGCGUACAACCAGCUUCUAAAUGCUGCAAAGAGGUCUCUGAUUAUGUCGUUGCGAAUUCUGAUCCAUUGAUCCCUGCUUUCGUUUUUUUCUUCUUCAUAUGGUUAGACAACAAAAGAGUCGAAGACACUGCCGGUUCUGGAAAUGGCUCUGGUAAGAAUUUACCGCCCGCUAAUCUUAUUUUUCACUGCGAUUUAUAUUCACUUGGGACCAAUGUAGGCCCAAGUGCUGCAACUGCACAAGUUGCUGCUGCGUUGGAUCCAAAUGCUGUGACGGGUCAUGCUGCUCAAAUAUAUGUUGUUGCCCGAAACCGAGUUGUCCGAGCUGUUCAUGCUUCCGAGGUUGUUGUUGUUCUUGUCCGGACUUGUCUUGCUGCAUACCCACCUGUUUCCGAAGUUGCUCUCGACCGUUGUGUCUCAACAAGAAGAAGAGCUCAUGUUGCAGCUGCAAAUGCAAGAUCAAAUGGUCAUCUUGUUUUAAAUGUCCCAAGCUAUUUUCUCCUAUAA